AUGCUGGACCCCACAAACAUCGAGCCGCAGCGCUACAUCCCGCUGUUUGGGCUCAGCGGACUCGGGUUCCAGCUUCAAGGCGUGCUGCACCAAAGCCCUUUCAAAGCAUCGUCCUCGCUCCUUUCCCCUACCACCAGCAACGUCGGCAGCAACUCUCCCGAGGCUUCCGCAUCUGGUCUCGCCACACCUACACUCUCGUCUUCGACCUCAUCCGAUACGACUUCGGAGGUCCUUGAUCUCGAGAACGGGCCUGGACGAUACGCAGCAUAUGCAGCCCGUCUCAAGACGGCAGUCGGCUCAUCUUUGAGGAUGAGCGCCUACACAAGCGAGAUGGGAGAGGCGCUGAGGCCUUUAACCAAGCCAUGGGUCGUCCGGGGUGCCUAUGCCGUCUCGUGGACCUACAUCAUCGUCGAUGUAGCUUACGCAGGCUUCAAGGCGGCAAAGCAGUACGAAUCGCUUGCUUCCACCACAUUCUCUGCCACGGGACCUGUGCAAGAGCUCGAGACAGAAGCAGCAAAACUUGCCAAUCAGACCCUCUCAUCCGUUCGGGAGAACCUUCCUUUGGAAGAGGUGCUCGACUCCAAGACCCUCUCGGCACUCUCGCCCUCCGAGAAGGUCGAAUUGCGAAAGCGUCACACUCAACGACUUGCCGAACACGGCCGACACGCUGGCGUAGACCCCAGCAAGGUCUCUGAGGUGACCCACGUAGGAAUGACAGUGGCAAGACAAGCAGUCUUCCAGAGCAUCGCUUCGAUGGCAUUGCCUGCAUUCACCAUUCACAGCAUCGUCAAGUACACGGCACCCGUCUUUGCAAAGGCCAAGAACCACCGGAUCCGUGCGUUUGGCCCUACGGCAGCUGGAUUGAUGUUCAUCCCGGCAUUGCCGUUCCUCUUCGAUGAACCGGUAGAACACGUGGUUGAUUUCGCGUUCGAUUGGGUUCAGGAGAGGGUAAUGGGUGGACCCAAAGCGGCGAACAAGGUGCUCGAGGCGGCCAAGGAGAAGAUUUUGUAG